CUUCGUCACUCUCCCAACCUACCUGAUUCAAGAUACUAUAAAGAGAGCUCUGAGGUUACAGAGACAAUACAAGGACUUAAACUAACAGGCUCCAUGGCUGCAAAAGCAGAUUCUACAGCUGCCCAACAGUUAAAGGACAUAUUUGGCUCUAAGACUGCAAUAGCAGUGCAAGGACCUUUUUUGUCAGUUUUCAGGCUCUACGCCUGUAUUUGCAGUGCAAGAACUUUAUGUCCUCAAGUAUUUGGCUCCACAGCUGUAUUUGCAAUGCAAGGAUCUG